CACCAGGACCGACUCGUUCCUACUCCGGCGCAAAUCGAGCAGGGGCCGCGGAUCGGGUGGGCGGCGCGCGCAGGAUGAAGACGCGGGAGUUUUACCAGCUGUUGCAGACUUUUCUGUCGGAGGGAGAGUUCACCCCGGACUGCAGCAGGAGAGUGCGCAGUGACAUCCGCCGCGCGUGCGACAAGUUCAUCAUCAAAGAUGGAAGACUGUAUUAUGUCGGUCCUAACAAGACCUACAUGCGGCUGGUGGUCAUGACCGAGGAAGAGAAAAGAUUCGCCCUGAGUGAGUGUCAUGGCAACACCGAGACUGGCAUCCAUCACGGCGUGCGGAGCACCAGGAACAGGGUCAUCGCCGGGUACUACUGGCCAACGCUUAUAAAGGACGUGACAGAGUGGGUGAAGUCUUGUGAACGCUGUCAGAGCAACACCGGUAAGACGGGGACCCCGACUGUGAAGAAAGCUGUUCCGCUGAACGUAUUCGUCCCCCACGCUCCUGCUGAAGUCUGUCCCUCAUCAGAGCCAUGUCCAGUCAGAGAGGACAUCCUACAGGAGAGUAACGGUCUUCCCAUAAUUACAGCCAUAGAGGAAACGACUUCCUCAGAGGAAACGAAGCCUUUUUUUCGAGUGGUGGUGGGAAAGGUCCGGACACUUCUGGAUCCUCCUUUAGCUCAGCAGAUGCUGAUUAAAAAUAAUAAUGAACAAAGCACACAAACUGCACACACACCUCACGCUCAUACAACAACAAGAGAACAGGAAGUAGAAAUCAAUUACAUAUAUAAAAGAUAUUUGCUCCAAGAACUAGAAGUAAGGAAAGCAGAUCUCCAGUACACUAAGCUGAAAAUCAGAAAACUGGAGCUGGAAAUAAAGAAAAUGGAGAAAGAAGCUGAACAAGAUCAUUAAAACACAUUUAUUUUGUCAUUCAAUAAAGAUAAAUUAUCAAAUAAGGGGGCUGUGUGAAUGGAUCUACCUACAGGAGGAAAUAUUUAUACAGUACAUACACUUACUGCCAGGUUAUGUGUAUACAUUAGUGAUUGCACAAUUGGUGGCUGACUAAAUACUGUUUUUUGCCCCACUGUAUACUGUAAAGCUGGGAAACAAUAGUCUGUUUGGAAGAAAGUGAAGGGGGGGGGGGGGGUAGAAGAAAUGAGGUGAAAUAAGAGUUAUUACCAUCUUCACUGUUUCUCUCUAGUUGUAGACUGCUAAUGUCAUUGUAAUUUUAAGAUUUGCAUCAAAAAUAAAAAUUCUUAUGCAUUGGGGAAGGGGAGGUUGUGGAUCCAAAGGUCCCAGGUUCGAUUCCCAAGUAUGACUUUUUUUUUUUUUUGACCCAAAAAUCUGACAAGUGUCACAAAAAAAAAAAAAAUACUGCCUAAUUAAUCAUAACGUGAGGUUAGGUUAAUGUAAAAGUAUUAGAGUUUGUUGUUAAAUGCUUCAUGUUGUGUCACACAAAAAGUAAAUUUGACUAAUAUAAUCAAAUUAAUAAUUAAUUCAUCUCUAUAUGACUGUGACCUGCUGGAAUGAAGGCAAAUUCAGUACAAAUGAAAUAUUAAUCUGGUGAUGUUCUUUAAAAAGAAUCAUUUUCUCUCAUCUUUAGUCUAAAAAAAAUUGAUUAAAAUAAAUCAUAAAGCUUUAGCAAAAAUAUAAUGCAAAUUUUUUUGUAAAUUAGGGUAUCAUUAUACAGUUAUAUAUAUUGUACUCACUCCUUAUCUCUUCACCUUCUUCCAGUUCUUUAAAACUAAAAAUAUCUAAAAAAUAAAGGCUAUGAGGAAAUACAUACAAAAAUAAGAAAAACUUAAAAAUGACUGUCUUUCUGGUAAAAUUGGUGAUAAAACAACAAUAAAAAAAGAACAGAAAACAUGUCUCUAUGUAUAUAGAGAUCCAAUCUGCAACUUAGACACUAUUUACACACCACCAAAUAAAACACAAGUUUACUCAAAUUAUCAGUCUAUUUUUUUUUUUAUCUUUGGAUGGAUGGAUGGAUGGAUGGAUAGAUAUUAUAUCAGUGUAUAAUACAGGAGGAUGGCAGAUAGCUGUAAUAAAGUUUGAUUCAGUUCAGUCGAACGAAUCUUUUUUUGAGUCAUUAAGUUUAUUUCAUUCUUUUGAUCAGAAAUAAAAUAAAUGUUGCAUUUAUUUAUAGCCAAUACACAAAUUUUGGCUAUAAUUUAAGUAAUCAAAAUAUUACAACGCAGCUAAGGACAUAUCAUCAUAAACAAAAUGAGUAGCUCACCUUUAUUUAUUCUAGUCUGAGUCGUUCGUUUUUUUUAACUUUGCCUUGAACUUUGGAUGCACAAUCUGUCUCUUGAUUAUUCACAGCUGGAUCUGGCCUGAUGUCACUUACUGCAGUCAUGAACAGAUGUCGGUCAGUACUAAAAAGAUGCCAUUUUGCGAUUGAUUUAUGAAGACAUGACUGUCUUGCUUUGGCACAGGGACAGUGCCAGGACUUCUUUUUUGAAUCAUGUGCUGCUAUUACCCUACCCAGUCUACUGUGGUAUGACACUUUUGGCUCAUAUACUAAAAUGAACUUUUUGGAUGGAGGUCCUCCAACAGUCACCUCAACAGAAAGUGGAACACCUGCAUCAGUAGCUGCCUUUCGUUGGUUUAAGCAGCUCUGGAGAUGGUGGUCGUCCAGAUGCAAAAUUUUUACACAUUUUAAAAUGUGUAAUAAGACUGUCACGUCUAAUUACUGUACUGUUAAUGUACAGUAACAGCAGUGAAAUGUGGUGAUUGCCUGCACUUUAGACCACACUUGAUGAUGACAAAAUCUAAAACAUAGAAAAAAUAAAAUUAGCACAAUUGUUUCAUUUACAUGUUUAAUACAAUGCAUUGCCUAUGCUGAGGUUUUGUGGUGAAACACCUUACUCAAGAGCACAACAACAUUAAGAUCCUUUUUUAUAUAUUUUUUACCACACUGCCACCAAACACCAAGGCCAGUGUAGGGGAAGGUUUUGUUCUGUCCAAGCAGAACAAAUGAAAUUCUACCAAAUAAAGCCCUGAUUUAAAAACUAUUAGCUGAACAUGCAACUACUCAGCUGGAACAAAUGCCUGACAGACUCUACACCAGCCCUUGCGGGCUGAUUGCCACAUAAAGAGUAUUUAUAUACAUGUUAUUAAUAUGUAUAAUGAUUAAAAUUAAGUAAUGUAAUACAGAAAAUCUAUUAAAAAAAUUUUUUUUUAAACGUAAGCAUGUGAAAUUCAGAAUUCCCAAAAGUUUUACAACAGGAGAACAUAUUAAAUGAACAAUAUAUUUAAGAUUUAAAUGCUAGGAAGAAAUGACACUGCAAAAACUUAAAGGUUCAACAAGCAUGAUGUGUUUCUUACACGCACAGUACUACAAUUAAAAUUAUUCACAACACACAUACCUUCUUCUUGAACUGCAUUUCGCACGUGAUUAGCUACAUGACUCCGGAGCUCAUGCAAAUGGUUGUAAACCGAUUUACAGUAGGUACAGUGGUAUUUUUGGCAGCACACUGUGCAUAUCUGGAUAGACAGCAGGGGAUCCUGUCCUCGCAAAAGAAUUGUCUGAUGCAUCUGUACAGGUUAAUCUGAAAAAAAAAAAAAAUGAUUAUAUAUAAACACUACACAUGCUAAAAUGUAGCAUGGGAGAUGGGAGAAUGCUAGCAUUAGUUACGUGAAAAAAAACGGAUUAACAUUUCUGUUCAAGGGUGUGAAAACAGCAACCAUGGUCAUGUCAAAACAGCGAUAAAUUUAAGAUAUACAUUUUAUAUAAAUUUCAAUGUUAAGUUUAUCUUUACAGUACAGUGUUCUUACCGUGCGAUACAGGUACAUCUAGUUCGAACGGACUCUAAGGCCUUGUUCACACAGGCGUAAAAUUUUUGGAUAAACGGACGUGCUCUGAACGUCCUAGACGUUUAUGUUGCGUUUUGUAGUGGCGCUUGAUUGACUUCUACACCGGCGUUCGUUUGUCUCUGUCUAACGUUUUUGACUAAUCAAGACAAGUGCAGACACACUGACCUACUCCACCAAAUUAUCGUACACACCAACCUGUAAAUGCUUCACUGUUUAUCUCUUUUGCACAAUGAUCAUUACCGGACUACUUUUUGCACUAAUUCCUCAAUUCUUGCUGCUGUUUUAAGGAAUGUUUGUUUACUCACUACCUCAACACCAUAUUUUAUGUUCUGUUAUGUCGUGGUUGCGCACUGUCACUUUGUUGUUGCUCUUGUUUGCACAUUUGCACGUGCACUUUAUGUUUUCUAUAAAAAUGGUAUAGUUAGUUUUUGUUAAUUUAUGUUGUAAUUUAUGUUAGGUCUCUGUCCUGUCUCUGCUAGCCAGUUAACUAGGCCUCUUGGUUAGCUAGUUUAGUGUCUAUGUUAAUUUAUGUUGUAAAUUUAUAUUUCAUGUA